AUGCCAGUGCAGUUAUACAGUGAUCCAAAAACAUUAAACAUCAAGACCAAUUUGGCGCCGGCGGUUGCUGAAGUUCUGCCGUCUCUCCGUGAGCAGGGCGUGUCUGUGUUCGUGCUGUCAGACGCCUGUGAGACGGACGGCAUCGUGAGUCUGUCUGCAGAAGUAAGCGCCGCGUCUGAAGAGUCUCCGCCCCUCAGCCUGAGACGUGACAUCAGCAUCAAGAGCCCCGCCCUCUACAUCUACACCUCCGGCACCACAGGUCUUCAUAAAGCUGCGGUGAUCAGCCACAAAAGCGACAUCAUCUACGUCUACCUGCCUCUGUACCACAGCGCCGGCUUCCUCGCCGGCCUCACGGGGGCCAUAGAGCGCGGGAUCACAGUGGUGCUGAGGAGGAAGUUUUCAGCUUUCCAGUUUUGGGAGUACUGUCGGGAACACAAGGUGACGGUCAUCCAGUACAUCGGACAGGUCAUGCGGUACCUGUGCAACACACCCCAGUGUGACUCUGGAUGUGAGCAGAAGAGUGUGUUUGAGCGUCUGCCGUGUGCGUGGAGAGACGGUGAGCGCGAUCACAGCGUGCGUCUGACGCUGGGGAACGGGAUCAGAGCCGACACGUGGGAGGAAUUCCUGCGGCGCUUUGGAAACGUGCGCAUCUGCGAGGCCUACGGAGCGACUGAGGGAAACAUCGGAUUCAUCAAUUUGACUGGGAAAAUCGGUUCGAUCGGGAGAAUGACUGCGGUCCACAAGGCCCCAUAAUACACUAAACAUGAUGUGAAAUCUGAGGUUAUUCUGCGUGUGUGUGUGUGAUGAUGAACUCCUGUGAGUGUGUGUUUGUGUGCAGAUGCUCAUUCCUUAUGCCUUCACUAAGUUUGAUCCGGAGACGGAGGAGCGAAGUCGCUCCAGGUAAAACUGUUUAAUCAGCCAAUAUAGAGCUUGAUCUGCUGGGACGGAUCAUUUCAUACCGGUUCUUCAUGGUGUUCGGCUCUGGAACACUUCUGGAUGAAAAGGAGGAAGUCACAUCAUAAUUAAAGUAGCCAAAUGACGACCAGCUCCACCUCUCUGGACGUAAUGGGUGGAGCUUAACCUAAUUAGGUAUAGGGAUAGGGUAAGGUUAGGGUGUGGCUGAACCUUCAAGCUCCACCCAUUCUGUUAGGUGGAGCUGGAUGUCAAGCUCCACCCACUGGCUCUGCAGUGAGCAGCCUCUCUGAUAAUUAGUUGUUUUGAAAUAAAAUGUCUUUGUGACGUGUGUGUGUGUGUGUUUACUGUACAGGGGAAACUGGGCUGCUGGUGGCAAAGAUCAGUAAAAGCACUCCGUUUAAUGGCUAUGCUAAAGACCCUGCGCAAACAGAGAAGAAGAAGCUGAGGGACGUGAGGGAGAUCUUUACUUCAACACUGGAGAUCUCAUCCUCGUCGACCACGACGGCUUCUUGUACUUCCAGGAUCGGAUUGGAGACACGUUCCGGUGAGACGCGUCCAGUGCAGCGGAUUCGUGACUGAAGGACACGUGUGAACGCUAGUAAUUCAUGUGCUUCUGCUGAUUUAGGUGGAAAGGAGAAAAUGUGGCACAUUAAAAUGUGGUACAUUAAAUCUGUUGAUCAUAUAAAGUGAUCGAGUCUCUUCAGGAGAUUUAGAUUAAACCGCUCCACUCAUAUGGAUUUAUUUUACCAUCUCUUUAUGAAUGUUUUGAAGUUUUGGGUGAACUAUCCCUUUAACUAAUUCCUCAGGACUCAGUUUAGUUGUGAUAAGGAAUUGAAUUGUUGUUGAGGAAGCAGCCGGUAAUAUUAUAUACUAAACAAAUUCAGUAUUAAACAGAACUUGAAAAUCA